AUGAUUUCGAUCGUCGACAUCGAGUCCGCCGAGCGCGCCUCGCACCCGCUGGAGGUUGCCCGACGUGGCAUCGAGGCGCAGGAGAGUGCCAAUGCCGCACUCUACUCACUCGCGCUGCAGCACGAGGCGUCGGGCAGGCUCGCCGACGCCACGGCCGCCUACCGCCAGCUACUGGACCAGCCGCUCAUCGCUGAGGCGGACGCGCUGCACGCUGCGACCGGCGACCCGUCGCUGCGGCUGCGUUUCCUCGCGCUGAUGAACCUGAGCAACCUCGAGGCAUCGGGUGGCGAGCCGGAGCAGGCGCUGCAGCACGCACUGGGUGCGGUUGCGCUGGACGAGCGCGACGGGCGGCUCUGGCUGCGGAUCGGCCGGUUGGCGGGCGCCGCGCGCCUCGCCGCCCUCGAGCGGCACUCUCUUGAGCACGCCGUCCUCGCCAGCCCGCACAACCAGCUCGCGUGGUGUGCACUCGACGCGUUGCUCAGACGGGUGGGCGACACCAAAGCGGCAGCCCAGCUCGCGGCUCGCGCGGCCACCACGCGUGGUCUGCCGCCGGGCGCACUUCCUCUUCCCGUGCCCUCGCCGCCCCCGCACGCCGCGGCGGCUCUGCUCGGGCCUUCUUCCGCGGUCGCCGCGCCUCAGCUCGGCUCGGAGGGUUGCGAGGGGUGCGUCCUGUGGAGUGCGGCGGAGGAGAAGAGCACGCCGGCGCCGACGCCCACGCUUGAGAUUGCCGCGCCCCGCUGGCUGUGCGUCGCGGAGGCAAUUCGCGGCGCUGGCGGUGGGACGAGCGGCGGCGGGAGAGCCCUUGUGGCGCUCGCUGAGGAGCCCGGCGGAGGCGCAGAGCCCGACGCAGCGUCAGCUCCGCCCGCUCCGCCAGCCGCGGCGGUUGGCGGCGGUCCUGGCAGCUCCGCAGACCGCGACCGGGUGGGCGAGGCUGGUGGCCAAGGCGGCGGCGAAAGCAGCGGCCCAGGCGGCAGCGCUGCACAGGCGGCAGCAUUGGGAGGGGCAUGUUGGUCGGAGGCUGCGGAGGCUGUCCCGAUUGAGGCCGACCAGGCUGGAGAGGUGGCAUCCACGGCGUCGGUGACGACGGCCGGCGAGGAGGCUGGCGAUUCGUCUCUGAGCUCGGGCGGAGCCAAGAGGCGCCAUCUGGAGCAAGCCGAGCCAGUUCCCACUGCGCUGGACGCGGCUUCGGCGGUGGCCGUGGAGGAGGCGCCACCCUCAGCUUGCGGCGGCGCCUCGGCCCUAGCGGGCUCUCGCGGUGAGGAGCCGCCCCCUACCCCCACCGAGGAGGCGCCGCCUCCAAAGCGACGCAAGCCGGCGGCAGCAGCGAGCCGGCGACCGCAGCGCAGCCGCCGCGGCGCACUUGGCGCCUCUGACGUGGUGGUUAAGCGGCCGGCGAGUGCGCAGCAGUUGUUUGCGCGCUUUCUCCCGCCCCUCCCGUCCAGCCCUCCUUCCCCCGUUAUCCAGCCCACCUCUGGCGUCCGGUCGGGAGCGUUGGCGGCGGCAGAGGCGGCGGCGGAGGGGCAGGCAGCGGAGGCGGGCCGGGACGCUCCUCUCGCAUCCAGAUGGGAGGAGGAGCGGUCCGUGUUGGCAUGGCUGCGCGACGAGCGCGUCAUGCUCAACAAUGGCCUCCUCGACGUCUGUUCGUCCUUUCUCGACCGCCUCCUCAUCCUCCCGUCACCCGGCCCGUCCGGCGCCUCCCCGCCCUCUUCCGCUUCUCCGCCGUCCUCUGGCCCUGCCUCGGAGCGCCGCCUCGUUGCCGACGGCUUGCUCCGCCUCCCUGUGCCCGGACGCUUGCGACUGCGCGCGUCGCUGCUGACGCUUCAUGCGCUGACGCGGUCGCAGACGGGAUCGCCCCCCCCCCCUGCUCGUUUGCUCGCUCUCCUGGAGCUCUCGCUCGAGGACGGGGGCAGUGGCGGUGGCAGAGGCGGCGAUGGCGGCAGCAGUGGAGGCGGUGGCGAUGGCGGGCCGGCGCAAGGAGGCAAGGAGAGGGAGCAAGCUGCCGCCGUGUUUGGUGAGCUACAGGCAGCGCUCCUCCUGGCCAUCAGCCGAGGGGAAGAGGCCGCGCCGGACACGCUCGCGCGCCUCAGCUGGUCACUUGCAACGAAGGCUGAGCGAGACGGCGAGGCGGUCGCGGCGACCCGCCACCUCGCAGAGUGCGCGCAUGCGCUGCGCGCGAUGGCCGCCGAUGGCGAGGCGAGGGGCGGCGAGGAGGGUGGGGCGGCGGCAGAGGCGUUCGCGCAUCCCCUCUGCGCCAGUGCUUCUCGGCGCAUCACCUUGGCUGACGUGUCGGAGGCGCAGCAGCGGCACUCACUCGAGAAGUUGGUGCACGAGGCGCGCGCUCUCCUCUCUGGACUCGCCGUGCGGGCGGCUCCCUCCGCCGGCGGGGAGUGGGCGGCCAUCGUUUCGCACGCAGGCGGUGCCGAUACCUUGGGGGGCGACGCGGUGCAAAGCAUAUGCGAUGCGGCGUGGUCGCCGGCGUUUGCGGCUGCCGAGGCAGCAAGCGGAGAGGUGCCCACGGCGGACGCGGCGGGCGAGGAGACGGAGCUCAGCUGCGGAGACUGGCGCGCUGCGGCGGUCGCGGCGCAGCGGGUGGUGUACGAGGUCGCCAUGCGCGCGCUGCCAAGAUGGGCGCGCACCGGGUCCACCCAGGGUGGCGCAAAGGGCUCCCGCCGCUCACUGCACUAUGCGAUCUGCGCGCUGUGCAAGCUUUGGCUCGCUGGUGGCACCGGCACCGGUGGCGUCGCUGAGGCGCUCGUGCUGCUGCAGCGCUGCUGGGGGCUGCUCGGUCGGGAGGCUGUCGCGGCGAGGUCGCUCGAGGUUGCCCUUGCGCCCGGCGCGGCGGCGCGGGGCAAGGGCUCCAAGCGCUUUCGGCAGGAGCCGCGGCACGAGGCGCCUCUCGCCCAGCAAAUCAGUAGCGUCACCCUCGCUUGGCUACGGUGGCCCGAGGCGAUGCUCGCGUGCCCGCAGCUGCCAGAGGAGACGUGGCGCGUGGCUCGGCCGACGAAGCCGUCGGCACCGGUGGUGUGCGCCAUCGACGAGCGCAUCGGCGGCCUGAUUGCAGAGGCAGCGGCGGGCAUGGGCGUGAUCUCCACCGCUGUCGCCGAGCCCGAGCCGGCUGCUGAGGAGAGCUCGUGGCAGCCGCUCGAGGGCAGCGCGCGCGAGGAGGCCGACGCGAUUGCGUCGGCACUCUCCGACGCUUUCCGGCUCGCCAACUCAGAGGCGGUCGAGUUUGAGGACCGACCGGUGCCGGGUGCAGCUGGUUGGAGCAUCCGCUGGAAGGCGCGCAAGGCUGGCGCCUCUAAGGGCGACUCGUACCUCACCACCCCGCAGGGGCGCCGCUACGACUCUAUUCGUGCUGCAAAGCGUUUCCUCGGCCUUGAGGCGCCACGCGGGGACGAGGGCGCCUCAGGGCGCGCGGCCAAGCUGGCGCCAAAGGCGGCGGCGCCGGCAGAAACGAAAAAGAAGGCGAAGGCGUCAAGGCCAAAUGCGCCGAAUGUGGCGACGCGGUCGUCGCUCGCACCAAGCCAGGUCGAGUACCAGUUGGUCGACGUUCCGCUGCGCGUCGCCGCCACCGCGCUAGGGGGAGAUGGCUCAGGGGCCGGAAGGGGCGGUGGCGGUGCCGACAGAGAAGCUGGCAUGCAGAGCGUCGGCGUCGGCGUUCGGCAGCUGCUCGACAGCUGCAUCGAGCUACUCUUUGGCGGGAUCAUCGACGGCGGCGGCGGCGGCGGCGCCAAGCAGCACCCCCCCAAGGUGGUUGACUUUGCGAGUUGCCCGCCGCGUGAGGCCGAGCUCCUCUUGCAGUACUUCCUUAUGCAGUGCCCGCCGGGUACGCUCGGCGGGGGCAUCGUGGGCGGCGGCGGCGUGAGGUCGCAGAAAGAGCGACAGCGACGGCGACGGCUGAGGGACCACUUGCGGCGUUUCCUCCCGCCGGAACUGGCGUCUGGCGAGGGCGAGGGCCGCUGGGAAGCCCUAGCAUUGCGCGCCCUCGCUCCCGCGCUCGCGAGCGGCGCCGACGAUGGCGGGGCGUUGCAGGGAGUCCUCGCCUUGCUCCCGGCGCCCCUGGCGCCUCCAUCCACAUCCACCUCAGGCUCGGCGGGGCAGACGGAAGUGUGGCUCCUCGGCUCGCACCUCUGCGCGGCCUUGGCGAGCCUCGAGGCGUCGGUCGGGGAGUCGGAGCACCUCGAGGAGGUUUGCAACAGGUCGCUGCAGCGCGUCGAGCGCGGCGCCAUCGCGGGUGCCACGUGCGCAGCUGCCGAGCGAUGGGCGCGCUUCCUUGAGUGGUCCAAUGCGCUCCGAAGCCACGCUCUGCGGCUCGCGCUCUUUGGCGUGCCGGCCGACGCCCCCGAUGCGGCAGGAGCCGGCUGGCCCGCGGCGCUGUCGCCAGUUCAGCCUGCGCGGGUUCUGCUCUCGAUCGGCGUUCACGCGCGCAAGCUCUGGUCCCUGAAGGUAGACGCGGCGCUGCACGACCCUGCCGCACCACUCGCCACGUGGCGCCAGUCCGUCCUCGGCGCAUCGGCCGCGGCGAGCGACGCGGCGCGACUUGCCCACGGCUGCUUAUGCCUGCUCGUCGAUGCGCUGCCCCCGCCAAGAGAGGCGCAGACCAUUGCCGCGCCACCGGCGUGGUGCGGCCAACCGGGCGGGUUCGCGCGCGUGUGGGCGCACGCCAGGCUCGAACUCGCCAUGCUCCUCUCCACCGAAGCGGCGCUGUUGCGGUACAUUGAGGAUCGCUCGCCGGAGGGCGGCGGCAGCGCGGGCGGCGGCGUGGGUGGAAGGAGCUGCGGCGGUCAGGCGGCGGGCGGCGGCGGCGACGUGUCACGUUGGCCCCUCGCUUUGCGGCUUCUGCGGACGGGCCACCACACGUCCUGGCAGGACGCGCUGCGGCAGACUGCAGAGCUUCUGCGGCAAGUGACGGAGCAGACGGAGGAGGCGGUGGCGGCCACGGCCGCGGCGGGGGCAGGGGUGGGGGCGGGAUCGGCGGUGGAUCGGGGAGAGGAGGACGAGGAGGACGAGGAGGACGACGAAAAGGGCCAGCAAGACGACACCGAGACGGAGGGGCAUGGAUUGCCUGUGGCGUGCCGUUGGGCUGCGCACUUGCUGCGCGGCCGCGCCUUGCGAGAGCUGGGCGAGGGCGGCGCAGGCGCCUGGAUCCUCGAGCUCCGCCGCUCCGUCGCCCUCUCGGCUUCAUUGGCCGGCGACCGGUGUGCACUCGCUCUGCAAGAGCUGGGCGGCGCGCUCCUCGAUGGGCUCCUCGAGUCUGAGCCUGCGUCGGCGCAGCUCGACGCCUUUCUUCGCGACGUCAAGUCGAGCGGAGUCUACAGCCUCGCCCAAUGCUCCGAGGAGGACGAGGAGGGAGAGGAGGAGGGAGUGGCAGAUUCGUGCUGCAAUGGCGACUACGACUAUGGCAACGGCGGUGCGUGUGGCGACGGUGGCGGCGGUGGCAGCGGCGAGGGCAGUGCCGGUGUGGGCGGCCAUCUGCCGGAAGGGGCGAUCGCGCAAGCCACCCUCGCUCAGGGCUAUGCGGCGUGCGAGUCGAUCCUGGUGCCGUCCCGCGCGGCGGCGCCGGUCGUAGAUGAGAGCUGUUGCGGCCCGAUAUUGCGCACCUUUGAGCUGUACCAAGAUUGCGCAGACGCCGCCGGCCUCUACUCAGAGGUGUUGGCUGGCUCGGCGAGCGCCUCCGCCGACCCAGCGCGCGAGCUCGAGUCGCUCGUCUCGCUCUGUGCGCUGCUCAAAGAGGAGCGGAUGGAGGCAAAGCGUGGGGCCGCGCUGCGGAACUUUGCACGUGGCCUCUGCGCUUCCUUGCCCACCGACGGCGCGAAGUCGCGCUGUGACGUCUCCGCCGCGAGGCGGCUGCUGCGCGCAGCCUACCGGUGUUAUCCGAGGAGUUCCCAGUUCGCCCUUCAUGCAUGUGCGCAUCAUGGAACUGCCCCUGACGUUCGUAGGCUCUACCAGGACGACGAGCUCGCCGCCCAGCUCGAGCCCGCGGGACUGCCGGCGCGGGCGGUUCUCCUCGAAAGGGCGUUUGGAAUCUUGCGCGCCGGCACUACCGCCGCCGCCGCCGCCGCCGCCGAGGUGGCCGCCGCCAAGGCUGCCGCCGCCGCAGCCACCGCAGCGAUGGCGGCGAGCGCGGGUGCUGAGACAGGCGCUCACGACUCCGCGAGAUCAACGCCGAUGGGUCUCGACGGCGUCGAGGGUGGCGCUGAGCAGGCGCCGGCUGUCGCGGCGGCGCCGGCUGGCGCGGCGGCGCCGUCGAGGAUGUCGACAUUGAGCGUCGAGCCACCGUCGAGGGCGCAGAGCUCGAGGAUGUCGACAUCGAGCGUCGAGCCGCCGACGCCGUCGAGGGCGCAGAGCUCAGAGCCACCGCUGCCACCGCUCCCAGAGGAGGGUGCUGCCGAGGCGGCGCUGGUCGCUUAUUGCGAGCAGGCCUUCCCAGCCGCUGGCCGCAAGCGGCAGCGACUCGGUGGCGGCGGCGGCGGGCAGAAGCUGCCAACGCCGCGGAGCCAACCGUCUCCGAGCCGCCCCCUCUCCCAGCCGCGGCCUCAGCUGCCGGGCUGCGCCCACCGUCCAUCGGACGUCUCGGCCGCAUCGCUUCUGGCAGGCACAGGCGCUGUCCUCUCGGUCACGGUCCCACACGGUGUCGCGCCGGGGCAAAGCCUUCAGCUCUCCACGCCGAUGGGGCUCAUGCGAGUCGUCGUUCCUCCGGGCUGCGGCCCCGGCUCCGUCUUCGGCGUGCGCCCGCCGCCGUCGCCGUUGUUGCCGCCGCCCGCGGCCAGCGCGAUGCAGGCCGCCAGGACGUCGGAGUCGGCCCCGCCUCGUCCUGUCCCACCGGCACAAGCGGCGACGGGGUCGGCGGGGUCGGCGGGGAUGGGGCCGCCGCCAGGUGACUCGACGUGGUCGUUUGGGAAUGGCGUCGUCGAGGAUGUGGACUGA